UGUAACUAUAAUUCAGUAGUUGACUUUCAUUUUUUUUCUGAAUUAGUGUAUAUUCAUUAUAGUGCAGAAAAUUAGUUAUACAAACUUUUUGUUUAUAAUUUGCAUAACUUUGAGUAAUUUAUUUGAAUGUCGUUUAAACGUUAAGUGUAGUGAUAUUAACAUUGUGUUUAAUAAGACGCAGAAUUGACUUAUGCUAACCUAUGAAUUUUGUUUAUUCAUAGAUCGGUUAUUAAUGCACUUAAUUAGUUUUCUUUAAAUUAUUCCUAUAUUUGAAUGCAUUUAAACCUAAGUUAACAGCCAGUUUCUAAGGAGAGUUCAUUCCGAUAUGGUUCAACAAUAUAAAUCACCUGUCCGGGUGUAUAAACAUCCAUUUCCACUUGUGAUGAUGGCAUACGAGCGUAGAUUUCCUACUUGCCCUCAAAUUCCUGUUUUUGUUGGCUGCGAGAUAGUUUCAGAUGAGGAGAGUAAAAACGGUGCUAUUAGAAUAACAGAAAGACGAUGCAAAUUAAAUGUGGAUGCGCCGUAUAUUUUGAAAAAGAUAAUUGGAGUAGAUUUUGUGUACUUUAUCCAAAAGAAUGUAUUAGAUAGGAGGAACUGUAUUUUAGAAAUAGAAGCAUACAAUGAAAGCUUUGCAGCCAGGGUACAAGUUAUUGAAAAGUGCAGAUAUUUUGUUCAUCCUGAAAAUCAAGACUGGACAUGCUUUGAACAAACUGCAAGUUUAGAUAUUAAAAAUUUUUUUGGCUUCGAGAAUUCAAUGGAAAAAUUAGCAAUGAAGCAGUAUGCUCAAAAUAUUGCAAAGGGGAAAGAAAUAAUUGAAUACUUUAUAAACGAACUAAAAGAGGAAGGGAUUGUUUAUGUGGCUCCUUGGAAAGAUUCAAAUGGAACUUCUGCAACAAAUAAAAGGAACAGUGUUGCAGAGAAUCAAUCAUCUGACAGUAAGAGCGAAGCUUAUGCAUGUACAGAAAACAAAUUGCAAACUGGAGAAAUGCGACUUUCUUCGGAUUACAUAGAAAGAUACUUAGGAAAACUCGACAUGAUACAAGAGAGCAGACUUGUUCAACUCUGGCAAAGUAUAAACGAGUUAAGAGGAAACUCAGUACCUGGUGAUACGACGCUUCUACGAUUCUUAAGAGCCACGGAAUUUUCAGUUGAAAAAGCUAAAGAAAUGCUGACGCAAUCGUUACAUUGGCGUAAGAAAUAUCAGAUCGAUAAAUUGCUCGAAGAAUACAAUACUCCUCACGUCGUGAAAAAUUAUUUCCCUGGCGGGUGGCACCAUUUCGAUAGAGAUGGGCGGCCUUUAUACAUUUUAAGAAUGGGUCAAAUGGAUGUAAAAGGACUAUUAAAAUCUCUCGGAGAAGAUGAUUUACUGUUACUAGCACUGCAUAUUUGCGAAGAGGGUCUUCUUCUAAUGGAAGAGGCCACUACUACUUCUGGUCACCCAGUUUCACAAUGGUCUUUAUUAAUAGAUCUAGAAGGCCUAAAUAUGCGUCAUUUAUGGAGACCUGGUAUAAAGGCUUUAUUACGCAUCAUUGAAAUCGUUGAGAUAAAUUACCCAGAAACAAUGGGACGAGUCCUAUUUAUGCGAGCACCUAGAUGCUUUCCUAUUUUGUGGACACUUAUUAGCACAUUCAUAAAUGAGAAUACCAGAAAGAAGUUUAUAUUUUACUGCGACACUAAUUACCUAGAAGAAGGCCCAGGCAGUAUUAGCGAAUAUAUUAAUCCCGAAUUCAUUCCAGACUUCUUUGGUGGACCGUCUGAGGUUUACAUCCCUGAAGGAGGAAUUGUACCAAAGCACCUUUAUAAAGUGGAUUUAGAAACCACAUCAGCUGAAGAAGAACAGUGUUUAUACCACUCGAUUACCUUAAGUCGAGGACAAAUUCAUCGAGUAGUAAUACAUUCCAAUGAUCCAGGAUCAGUUCUAACGUGGGAUUUCGACGUCAUGCGUCAUAAUAUAAUAUUUACUGUAUUAUAUAAAACUAACGACGACAGCGAACGAGUCUCUCUAGAUUUCUCAGAAUCGCUUACAGAUGAGGAUGCAGCAGAAGUAUUAGAAACAAAGGAAGUUAUGACAAAUUUCAUGAAAGUUGAAUCCACUAUUGUUUGUCAUGAUGGUGAAAGUAUUCAGGGUACACACAUAAUGCAAGAAGCAGGAACAUAUAUACUCCAAUGGCAUAAUGAAGAUAUCCCAGGAGAAUUUCUUUCAUCCAUUGGAGGUUCCAAAGCGCAACUCAUGUACUUUUACGAGACGUUGCCUUCGAUUCAGUAUAGGGGGUCAAUGAUGAGCUUACAAUCUGCUACGAGUUCUAGAUCAGAAGCAAGUUCAUACUUGUCCAGAUGACAUGUUAAACGUGAAAUACAAUCGAUUGCAUACUGACUGGGAUUAUGAUACAUGAAAUACAGUGAUUCAUUUGAAAUAUUUAAUUAAUUGCUUUGGGAAUUCUUCAAAAUUGCAAGAACUUUGUGUUAUUUUAGCUUUUAGAUUUGAAUGGAUAAUGUUAUACAUUUGGUCUAAAUUCAUCACUUCCUAAUUAGUUAUUAGAAAGCACGAUGUUUUAAUGCAAAUGUUAUAUAUAUGUAAAAUAAAUAAUUGUUGAAUUUAUGAAA